GGGGAAGACAACGCCCCUGCCAAACUUCAGCGAGAGCACUGGCCUGACUUGACGCGGGGCAAGCCUGUGUCAAGCCAGCGGGCGUGGGGACGCAGGCCUUCACUUCCCCUCGCUCCGCCCAGAAAAGGGGAAAGCUGCGUCCGAAAUGCCGACGGCUCGUCGGAUCCACGCCCUGCCGAAGCAUCAGCAGGAGGAGGAGGAGGAGGAAGAGGAGGAUGAUGAGGCGGGGGAUUACAGGGAUUACAGCCUUCGCGAAGCGAAAUCCACAAAGCGCAAAACCGGUGAGGCGAGUACCAUGUCUGCGCCCCGCCGCGGCUGUUCACCCAAAAACGGGUCCCUCCAAGCCACGGCUCCUGUCUUCAAAGCGCAAAGUUCACUCAGAAGCGAGUCCCUCGUCUGCGCCCCGCCGAGGCCGUUCUCUCAAAAGCGAGUCCCUCCAAGCUUCGGCGACAGUAAAAAAAGGGCGCACGUGCGCCACUGGGCCUGGCGGGAGCCCAUCCCCGCCUAGCAGCCCGAACCACCCGCCAGCGGGGGGGGUGUGACGGGGAAUGGACGGUGGCCCGAAGCGAGGGAGGAGCCGGGGAGAGGGGGGCCCCCAGGAGGAGGAGGGGGAUGAAAGGAGGAUGAGAAGGAAAGACAAAACACGUACCACCCUAUCCCCCUGCUCUCGGCAGCCGUGGGCCGUUGCUGCAACGCAACGCUCACCGUGCUGCUCUUCACAUCUCAGGUGACCAGAGUCUCCGGUUCACCAUGCAUUUGUCGGCGGCGCGGUGCGUUCACAUCUGGAGAACGCCUCGCUAGGCUUGAUGAUCAAUUCAAGCCUCUCGCUUAUCCUCACAAGUGUGAGAACUGGAGGAAGGCUCGGUAAAGGUCUCCAUCCGAAGAAGGUCGGGGUUGCUCUCGAGCCCUUUUCGCUUUGCCCGAUCUGACUGUGGGCCCUUGACAGUAAGUGUCAACAAAAACCGUCGACGCGCGAUUAUAAGAGGGGCGUGCGCAGGAGGCACAGAGGAGGUGCAAAACACGCAGUAAGGCCAGCGUGGACGAGCCGUCUAUAGAGACACCUAAACCGAGUGCAAAGAGGGUCUUCAGGUUAAACGCACGUGCGCACGUGCCAUAAAGAUGAGUAUGUCGAUAUUCGGUUUGGCAAUCAGAAAGAACCAGCUGCCGCCAAAAGUGGGACAGUGUGGGACUCGCGGGCCAGACCGAGCCUCGCCGUGACGCAGGGAGUGACGCGCUCCCAAAAUCGGUGCUGCGCCCGCACCCGACAACCUACUGCAGCCUCAGCGCAAACACUUCAGACAUAGCCGCCGUGCAGGACGCAGGACGCGAGACCCCUGCACGCCCUCGAGUGCAGAGCCUGGCACAGGGGCGGCCGUGCGCUCACUGCACUUUCCUUUCGUGUCCUCUCGCACCCCUUCUGGGCGGCACGCCCAGGUGCUCCGAACAAUUAGCCUGACUGUGAUAAUUAGCCGCGAGGGAGAGGAGACG